AAAGUAAUAGGUUGCUUCAACAUCAUUAUUCAACCAAAAAGGGUUUAAGGUAGGAGAAACUACGCCAAUCGGACACAAAUUACAACCUAAUGGUUGAACUAUUAAAAAAGUUCUGAACAGUUACUGAAUAGCUACACAGAAGAUGUUUAUAUGAAUAAAAUACACUAAAAUUAAAAAAGACCUAAAUAUGACAAAUUGAACUUCCGACCGAUUGAAAUAGAGAUCAUGCCAAUAGCCGAAUCUUCUUGGCAUCUGUUUGCUGCACUACUGGUAAUAUAAUUAGUAUCUAUCAGUUGAGUGGAUUAGUGGGCUUGUUUGUGAAAGAGGGAAUCAAAUGCUUCUACAGACGAUGGAUUAAGAGAGAGAAUGAUUUGAUUCCUGUUUUGCUUCCUAAGUAGCAGAGCAGUGAGCUUUGGGACUUAAACAGAUUCUCCAGGGGACAAUAUUCUUGAUCACAAACUAGAAGAUGCAACUUGUGCAUACAAAUCUAUAAACCAUAGCCUAAACCUACCUUUAACUUUCUGAUUCAGUACCCAUAAAAACAGUAAAAAGAGAAGCUCUAAAGAGGAGGGGAAAUGCCACCACACGAAAACUGCAGAAUCAGUACUUCUCCUCAUACCUUAUUCUAACACCUAUCAGGUUUGAGUUCGUAGCAGAUAUAUUUUGCCUUUCCUUCUCCAUAUACCUUUUUCCAAUUUUUAAAACUUCCCUUGCUUGCACUUCCCAACUAUUCAAAUAUACAAUGCCUCCUCUCUCAAGUUUCCUCAUAUUCUCUUACCCUUCUUUCUGACUCUUGAUGAUCCAAGAAAGCUUAGAUUCUGUCGCCCAGCUACUUGUAUAUAUUGCUUGCCGCCAAAAAGGGUAAUUCUUCUUUACACAAACACAUUUGACAUACCUCUGAUUUUCACAAAUCUUUGGUCUCUAUCAUUGUUCAAAAUCAUUUGAAGAUCCAGAACCAAACAUUGGGAGUAAUUUGUAGAGAUGGGUACCUGUAUUCACCUCCAUUUUGCAUUACUUUCAUUGUUGGUUUUCCUCAGUCUAGGUUCAAGUAUUGCACAGAGACCGUUCUUUGAAGCAAACCAAGAUGACUAUGUUCUACAAAAUCAAGAAGAACAAAUACCCUACUUUUCACCUUCAACAUCUAGCAAUCAACUGGACACAAUCCCCAUUGUGAAUCCAACCACCCCAGGUGGCACAACUCCGACCCAGACGCCGAUUGUUAAUCCGCCAGCACAAACAAACCCUACCGGACCAACCAUAACCCCGACAACCCCAACAACCCCGACAACCACAGGUGGUGGAAGUUGGUGCAUAGCAAGCCCAAAUGCUUCCCCAACCGCUUUGCAGGUAGCUAUAGAUUAUGCUUGUGGCUAUGGAGGCGCGGAUUGCUCGGCGAUUCAAUCGGGAGGUAGUUGCUUUGAGCCCAACACCAUGAGAGACCAUGCUUCUUAUGCCUUUAACGACUACUACCAGAAGAAUCCAGCACCUACAAGCUGCGUGUUUGGGGGAACGGCGCAGCUCACCACCACGGACCCCAGCAGUGGAAAUUGCCACUACGGAGCAUCAAGGUCAACACCGAGCACAACAACACCAAUCAAUCCACCAAUGAAUCCAACUCCAAUGCCACCGGCAACACCAACCAUAACAACCCCAACACCAACCGACACGAUGCCAACCGAUACGCCGCCAACCGAUACCCCACCGAACGACUUCGGCGGUUACGGAUCAGAACCAUCAGACACAGCGAGCUCAGCGAUUCCGGUGACGGGGUUUUUCUCAUUUGUCUUCUUGGGGUCACUUCUUAUGGCAAAUUGCAUGUAAGAUGAAGCAGAAAACAACUCGGAUCUGUUCGAGUAUUACAAUCUGCAGAUCGAGAAGGCGUUUAGAUUAUUUUUUUUCUUCUUUUUCUUUUAUUGUAACGUUUACACAAAGGAUACGGGGAACUCGGGGGAAAGAAAUUAGAGUUUAAUUAUUACUUAAGAAAAGAGGGGGGAAAUGGCAGGAAAUUACGCUAGGGUUUCUGCUAUAAUAGCGAUAGAAUAAAUUUCUAGCUAAUAUCUACUUUUAGGAUCAUAUAUUCCCUCUGUUCUUCAAUUUAGUUCAUGUUCAUCCCUAUAUUAAAAAAAAAUAAUAAAAUAGAAAAAAUCUCAUGUUCUUUGAGUUAUUUCCAA